AUGAGCUUUAUUUUCAGGAGAGUCCAAGCGACUCAGAAUUCUCUCUCGGAUGACGUGCUCCUGCCUCUCAAAUCCUACAAGUAUUCCAGCGUCGACAAGUCGUUCAUCUCCAGAUACAUCUUAAAGCACUAUUGGAAUGCAUUUGUUGAGGUUCUGCCACUGUGGCUGGCGCCCAACAUGGUCACUCUUUUGGGUUUCUUUUUCAUCGUUGGAAAUGUCAUAUUGGUAGAGCUAUAUAUGCCUGAUCUUCUGGGACCGGGCCCCGCUUGGCUUUAUUAUAGUUUCGCACUGGGCGUCUGGAUGUACUCUACAUUGGAUAAUGUCGAUGGGAAACAGGCCAGACGAACAGGCACUUCCAGUCCAUUGGGUGAACUCUUCGACCAUGGAAUUGAUUCGUUGAACUGCACCCUUGCGAGCUUGCUAGAAACAGCAGCCAUGGGCCUUGGGGCAACGAAGAUUGGCGCGUUCACGGCUUUGCUGCCCUGCUUGCCGAUGUAUUUCUCCACCUGGGAGACCUACCACACCCAUACUUUAUAUCUUGGCUACUUCAACGGACCUACAGAAGGCCUUCUAAUCGCCAUUGCGAUCAUGAUUGCCUCCGGCUACUAUGGCCCUCAGAUUUGGAGUCAACCUAUUACCGAUUUCUUGAACUAUCCCCAGAUCUUUGGAACAUCCAGCUUCAGAGAUCUCUGGAUUCCUCUUCUCACCUUCUCUUUCUUCACGGCUCACCUGCCCGCGUGUGUCGUGAACGUGAUCGCUGCUCGACGGAGAGACAAUCUCCCUGUUGCUCCUGUCUUCAAGGAAUGGAUGCCAAUGAUCGUCUUCACUGGGUGCAACCUCGCCUGGCUCUUCUCCGAUAACUCAACCUUGCUCCAGGAGAAUCAUUUAAUCAUGUACUGCUGGACCAUGUCUUUCGUCUUUGGACGCAUGACCACUAAAAUUAUUCUCGCCCAUCUGACGAGACAGCCUUUCCCUUUGUGGACCACCUUGUUGACCCCUAUUAUCGGUGGGGCUAUUCUUGGAAAUUUGCCGCUACUUGGUCUACCGAAGGUCAGCGCUUCCGUCGAACUGUGGUACCUGGAAGGCUAUCUGGCUUUCGCCCUCAUCGCCUACAUGCAUUGGGCCUUCCUGAUUAUCAAUCGCUUCACGACCUUCUUGGGAAUCAACUGUCUGACCAUUCGUGAGGACAAGGCAACAGCCCGUGAGCGGGCUUUCCGUGAAUUUGGCCAGGGUAUGCUCAAAGGCCACUAA